AUGAAGAAAUUAACCACAGUAAAGAGCGAGAAAUCCGGCAUGAAGCUUGGGAAGAACCGAAGGCCAAUAGCUAGAAAAUCCAAAAAGAAGCAACUUAAACAGCAAACAACAGAGCAACAGCAUGCAGCAUUGCUGGCUGAUGGAGCCGACCAUCAACAGAGAGCGUCAGAGCUCAUUCUGCAUCCGACUUAUGAUAAUCUAGCGUUUAACCAAGUCUCAUGGAGCCCCACCACCGGAACAAGAGCAACUGCUUUGUCCGCGCUGGACAUCCCUCCACCACCGGAACAAGAGCAACUGCUUUGUCCGCGCUGUGACUCCACCAACACUAAGUUUUGCUACUACAACAACUAUAACUUCUCUCAGCCUCGCUAUUUCUGUAAGUCCUGUCGCCGUUACUGGACUCAUGGUGGCACCCUUAGGGACAUCCCUAUUGGCGGUGGUACCAGGAAAAAUGCUAAGCGUUCACGCAUCAGCAGCACCACAACCACCCAUGGCACAGCUUUUUCCGCAACCAAUGCCACCACCACCACGACCACUAAUCAUCAUAACUUCCCAUUACCUACCACCCCCGUUUUGUUGCCAAUCUAUACUAAUCAGGGAAGUAUUGGUAUUGGUGGAGAGUCCAAGGGCAAUAUUUUUGGAAGUUUUACUUCAUUGUUGAAUACUCAGGGGCCUGGUUUUCUAGCUCUUGGUGGAUUUGGACAUGGUAUUUCUCCAACGCUCGAGGAUGUUGAAUUUGGGCUUGGAAGAGGAAUGUUGCCUUUUCCGGGCGUAGGAGAUGGAGCUGCUGCUGUUGGUGGGCGUGGCAAUGUUGGGGCUACCAUGGGAAUGGGGAAUAUAUGGCAGUUUGAAGGUGGAGAGUCUGGUUCUGUUGGCGGGGAUUGCUUUUCCUGGCCUGAUCUUGCCAUUUCAACGCCUGGAAAUGGUACCAAGUGAAUCUUCUCUUUAGGUUUCUUUGUCUUCUUAACGUUUCUAGUACAAGGUGAAUAUAGUGAGUGCCGAGAGUAAACUGUUAGCUACAUGAAAAUACAAAUUGGACUAUGACUUUUCUUUAUUGUUCUUUGGUGAGUUAAUGCCAUGGGAUUUG